AUGGACCCCGAUAAAUUGGCCAGCAGUUUGACUGAAUUAGUGAAAAAGUUCGUAUUAUCGUUCUGCCAAGUUAAUGUCGAAUACAGCGAACGGUUGGAUGUGUUUGGAAGCAUCCACGUUCGCUGCGACGACUGCGAUGUGGUUGCCUUCGUCCUCAACGAACGCUGCUACAGAAACGAAGGCGAUGGCAACAGCAAGAAAAGUUCCAAUGCACAUCAGAGUCAAACUAUCAAAAAGGAAGUAGUAAAUAAUGAAGACAAUCCAGCUGACAAACAUAAAAAUCUAAGUUCAUCUUUUUACACAGAAAGUAACAAAAUCAAACAAGAAAGUAACAUGGAUGACAGUUAUAAUAACUCUAAUAACUAUGAAAAUCCAGAUGUAAAAUACACUAACAACAUCAAUAACAGUAAUGAUGAUAUUAUUGACAUAAACGAUGAAGAGGAUGAUGUCAGAGACGAGGAUGAUAACAACGACGUUUCUGGUGAUUACAACGAUGACAACGACAAUGUUUCAGCAAAUUACAUCGACAGUUUCAUGGAAGCGGAGACGCAGGAGUAUUCGUCUGCAACUAACAAUGUCAGCAAUAACUACUCUGGGAGAUUUAGCCGCUCAUUUCAAAUGAAAAAUGUCAAACGUCUACCUCAAGCACGGCCCACUAGAAUCAACCCUUCGAAAAAAAUAAAAACCGAACCAACGAACAACUAUAAAAGCUACAGCUUAUUCCGUCAACAACAGCAAGAAUCAUCAUUCAGUCAAUCAGCUAGCUUUUCAGAAAGCCAGAAUGAUGGCAACAACUCAGAGUAUAUGUAUGCCUACCAACCUUACAACAACAACAAUGACAACAGCAACAUCAGUUACAAUGUAAAGAAGAGAAGAAGAAAUGCCAACAGUUUAGUGCCAGGUCCCGGUAUGGUUAAUGGUCAAGCUGGUUUGGACGACAAUUACUUUCAGGCCUCCUACAGCCAUCGAGUUAAAUUUCACAACAUCAGCAACGGGGGAGGAGUCAGUGGGGCUAAAAAUAGAAAUAAAUCUAAUUUAGGCAGCAGUGACGUCGGUGCUGGCUAUGGUGGGGAUGGUUAUGCUGAUGAUGGAGAUGGUGGGGCAGAUGGUUACAGUUGA